AUGGAGAAGAGCGAAAGUCAAAGUCACACGACGUAUUACCAAACAACAUCAUCGAAUAAUGAUAGCAUAACAUUUUCCUAUGAAGAUAUAAAAUUAAAUAAAAAUGAAAAGGGAAAAAAUCAUGAUAGAAAAGGUGCUAAGAGCACCAGGGGAAAACACAUAAAAAAAAAUAGCGAUUUAAACAUAGGUUACUAUAAUCAUAUUAAAAAAGAACAACAGUGUGUGAAAAAUGAUAAGAAGCUAUUUCUUGAUGGUGAAAAAUGUAACAACUAUAUUUUUUUACGCGAUUAUAAUAAUAAUAAUAAUGUUAAUAAUAGCAGUAAUAAUAGCGGUAAUAAUAGCGGUAAUAGUAGCGGUAAUAAUAGCGGUAAUAAUAGCGGUAAUAAUAAUUACAGUAAUAGUAGUAAUAGUAAUAAUAAAAAUAAAAAUAAUGUGCAAUCUGUUAAAAAUAGUUCUCCUUCUGACCAUGCCGUAAAAAUAAAUGAAGACAGCUGUAAAGAUAACUGUGCGAGUUGUGCAUAUACUUCCAAUAAUUAUGGAAUAAAUAAAUUUUACCAUCACUUGCGCAACAGUAAUGGCAGUAACAAUAGCAAUGACAAUAACUGUAACGAUAACAGUAACAGUAAUAAUAUUAAUGUGUCUUACAGUGUUAAUAAAUAUACCCGUAAUAUAAACCCAUUUAAUAAUAAGAAUGGGAAACAUGUAUUUUAUGAGAAUAAGAACGGAAAAAAUAAUAGCAGUGGCCACAACAACAACAGCUUCAGUGAUGGUUUAAGACUAACCAAGGAGUUACUUAAUGACCUGGAUAAGAGAAACCAGAACCUUCGGGAGGAAGAGUGCGAUAGAGAUAGCGAAAAUGAAAAUUUUUUAAUAUAUGUUAAGAAAAAAAUAGAGGAAAAAAAGGAAGCAAAAAAGAGGAGGCUCAGUAAUUAUUAUAAUGAACAGAAUGAUCUUGAUUGUAAUCGUAAAUGUAAUCAUGAUUGUAAUCACGAGAAUGAUCAAAAGAAAAGGGACAACUACUUGGCUAAUAACCAUAAAGGCAUAAUUAGCAGUAACAACGAGUUUGCACACAAACAUGAAACUUACAAAACUUUCAAUGAUAGCAACUCUUUAUUCAGUGAUGAGUCCACCAAAGUAUUUGUUAACAAAAAAUGCAAAGUUAACAUUAACAUGUGUGAAAAUCCUUGUGAUAUGUGGUAUGGGCUGAAAAGUAGUACUGGGGAAGACGUUUUUAUUAAUAGUUUAAAUAAUAAAAAUAAAAGGAGGAAAAAAAUGGAAAAUAUGAAAUAUAUGAAAAGUAUAAAAAAUUUGAAAAAUAUGAAAAGUAUGAAAAGUAUGAAAAAUAUGAAAAAUAUGAAAAAUAUGAAAAAUAUGAAAAAUUUGAAAAAUAUAAAAAAUAUAAAAAAUAUGAAAAAUUUGAAAAAUAUAAAAAAUAUGAAAAAUAUGAAAAAUAUGAAAAAGGGGGGAAGAACGAAGCAUACGAAUAUGAUGAAUACGAUUCAGUUAAAGAACGAAACAAGGACGAAAACAAAAAAUUUAGAAAAAUAUUUUAUAGGUAAAAAAAAAGGGAAAUAUAAUAAAAUUUGUUCCAAUUAUUACAUGAAAUUAAGCAGUAAUGAGGAUAACAUGUCUGAUAACACAAUAGCAACUAUGCAUAUAGAUGGCAAUUGUAAGUAUAAUGAAAAGAAUGAUACCAGAGGUACAAAAAAUAAUCCAUACAAUUGCAACAGCUACAAUAAUAAUAAUGGCAACUUAAAAAAAUUUUAUAAUAAUAAAAAUAGUUCUACAACAAAUGGUGGGCAGUUCGAAAAAAUAAACAAAAAUUUUUUAAACAACACUAACAGUAAUAAUAUUAAUAAUGCACACAGUAAUGUGUUCAAUAAUGGGGGGUACUGUAAUAACCUCAUUAAUCACCAUAAUAAUACUUAUCACCAGCUAGCUAAAAAAGCAACAAAAAAAAAAAAUAAAAAAAAAAAUAUGACUUGGUCAUGCAAAAAAAAUAAUAAUAACAAUUAUGGGCAUUCACAUAAACGUAGAGUGCAUUUUGCACCAGUAAAAAAUGGUAAAAAAAAUAAUAAUUAUUAUGAAAAUGAUAAUAAAGCAAUUAAAAUUAAUAUCAGAACUCAUUGUUCUGACAACAGAAAUAAUAAUAGUAACGUUGUUGAUGAAAAAAGUGGAAGUAUUUAUAAUAACAACUGCGGAAGUUAUAAUAACAGUGACAUGUACGGUUUAGAAAAUAAAUGUAGCAAUGUGAUAAUAAGUCAUACCUGCGGAGAAGAUGGUAACAAGGAUGACGCUAGUAAUAAAAGCAAAAGACUGUCCGAGAAUAGUUCUAUGAAUUACCAUAGCAAUAAUAAUGUUGAUAAUAGUAGUGCUGGUAGUUGUAGUGUGGUCUGCGGUGGUUUGACCGAGCAAAAUACGAACAGUGGUAGCAACCCCCAAAAGAGCUGCUCUUAUUUGAGUCAAUUGGAAAAUUGUAAUGAAAUUAAUAAUGCACAGUAUUCUUUGCUUAAUGGUACUAAGAAUAGCUUAGCGAAUGACGUAGCAAAUAGUGCAGUAGAUUACUCAGCUAAUAACGUACGUAUAAUGAAUGCAUCAUAUGGUGAACAACUCGAUAAGCAUAAAAAUAAUGGAAAUAAUGUAGAGGGUAAGAGCAGUCAUUUCAUUACAACACCCUCUUUCGGUAAAGCAGCGGGUUACGACAACAACAAAUACAUUAACAUAAAUAGUAUCAGUAGUAAUAGUUGUAGUAAUCAUAUCAGUAAUAGUAACGGUGGUAACAAUGUAGACAAAGCAUGCGCACAUCAUAAAAGUGGGAUCGCGUAUUACCAUAGUUACAGAAAUGUUUUUAAAAAAACAAGUGAACAUAAAACAUAUAAAUUAUAUAAUCCUACUUCGGCUGCUACUACUGCUACUGCUGCUACUGCUAGCAAUAAUACUAGCAAUAAUACUAGCAGUAAUACUUGCAAUAAUGCCAGCAGUAAUAAUAACAGUAAUACUUGCAAUAAUACCAGCAGUAAUAAUAGCAGUAAUAGUAGAAACUCGAAUAAUUAUCUUAGCAUUAAUAAAGAAAAUGAAACAAACCCUUUUCCGCAUCAGUCAGUAACCCAUGGCAUGAUGACCUCCUCCUCACGUACUGAUGCAUAUGAAUAUUACACUAGGAGCAAAACUAAUAAAGACUAUGUAAGUAGUACAGAAUUUCACCAUCACUGCAACAAAAAUAAUACCAUUCAGAGUUACAACAGUAAAACAUAUGAUAUUAUUAAUAAGGAGGAAAUUUUUAACAGUACAACAGAGGGUAAGGAUAACAAAAUGUAUUUAACAAAUGAUUACAUAUAUACAAAUGAUCAGAAUAAAAAUUAUAAUAAUUAUUAUUAUAAUAAUGUAAAAUUUGACCUGUCUUAUGAAAUAGAAGACGAUAUAAAAAAAAAAAAAAAAAAAAAAAAAAAAUGUGGAAUAUGUCCUUCGAUAAUAAGUCGAUUCACAAAAAUGCUCGGGAGAGAGUUCAGCGUAUAUUGGCUUCUAGGAGAGGCGUCAAAUAUUAGUCUUCAAUUUUUUUUUUUUUUUUUUCUUUUUUUGUACCUUUGUGCUUAUGGUGUCGUAUGGAUUGUAUGUAUAUUAGUAUAUGCCAUACAUACAUCAUACAUUCACACAUACGCCGUACAUACAUAUUAA